AAUGGGUAAAAACAAGAAGAGAGAUAAGAAGAACUUCAGACGUCAGAAGGAAGAACGCAAGGAGAAUAUUGAAGGGGCUGACUCCAAGGUUGUCUCCUUCCUUAAUGAAGCAGAGAUUAACAAGAUGAAGGGACUCAACUCUAAGGCUAAGAAGAACCUUAAGAAUUAUAAUAAAUAAAUACAAGGAAGAUGAAGCAGCUAAACAGAAGGAGGAGGCUCAUAGUGAGCAGAGUGAAGAGCUCGGAUUUGGAGAAGAGCUUGACAACUUAAUCUAUGAUAACCAAUAUGAACUUGAGAGUGGUAACGAGGCUAUUGAAGAUAAACCAGCUGAAAAGCAAGAGAACUCAGAGAAUAAAGGAGGAUCCAAGCCUUCUAUUUCAAAUGCUAUUCUUGACAUCCUUGGUACAGAAGAGAAUCCACAGACAGAAGAAAAAUGAGCAAUUCUUAGCAAGAACUCGCGUCCAUUCAAACUUCUUGAAAAAGAGAAGAAGCAAACCAAAGAUGAAAAGAAGAAGAUUUAUGAAAAGGAGCUUAUUAGAAGACAAGGACGAAGAGUUCCCUCUCUAAAAGAAUUAGACUAUGAAAAGAAUCUCCAAAUGAUCGCCACUAAAGGUGUUGUUCGUCUCUUCAACGCUGUUAGUCACCAACAAACUGAAAUCAGGAGAGAAGUAGCCAAAGACGAAAAGAUUAGGGAAGAAUUCGUCAGCAAAAAGCUUGAGAUGGACAAGUCCAAGCAUAACUCUAAUGAAACUAUUCUGCGCAAGAUCCAGUCUAAAGAGAAAAGAUGGAAGGCCUUUGAAGAUGAUGAAGAGGGAGAAGAGCAGGAGCAAUAA